AUGAGUGAGGGUCAGAAAUUCCAGCUUGGGACUGUUGGGGCUUUGAGUUUAUCAGUGGUUUCGUCGGUGUCGAUUGUGAUUUGCAAUAAGGCUCUUAUUAGCACACUUGGCUUCACAUUUGCCACAACAUUGACAAGCUGGCAUCUUCUGGUCACCUUUUGUUCUCUUCACGUGGCAUUAUGCAUGAAAUUGUUUGAACACAAGCCUUUUGACGCAAGAGCAGUAAUGGGAUUUGGCAUACUAAAUGGGAUAUCCAUUGGACUUUUGAAUCUUAGCUUGGGUUUCAAUUCUGUUGGUUUUUAUCAGAUGACAAAAUUGGCGAUCAUCCCAUGUACUGUUCUUUUGGAGACACUUUUCUUCCGGAAGCAAUUCAGUCGAAAUAUCCAGCUUUCACUGACCGUUCUUCUUAUGGGUGUUGGAAUUGCAACUGUGACUGAUCUUCAGCUCAAUGUCCUGGGAUCUGUCUUGUCUCUGCUCGCAGUUCUUACGACCUGUGUUGCUCAGAUUAUGACCAAUACCAUCCAGAAGAAAUUCAAAGUCUCUUCAACACAACUUCUGUAUCAGUCUUGCCCCUAUCAGGCAUUAACUCUGUUCAUAAUUGGCCCAUUCCUGGACGGGCUUCUUACUAACAAAAACGUUUUUGCUUUCAAAUACACCCCUCAAGUGCUGUUCUUCAUUGUUCUAUCCUGCCUGAUCUCUGUGUCCGUGAACUUCAGUACUUUUCUGGUGAUUGGAAAGACUUCUCCAGUCACCUAUCAAGUCUUAGGACAUCUGAAAACAUGCCUAGUUUUGGCAUUUGGUUAUGUUCUACUUCGUGAUCCUUUUAGCUGGCGCAACAUUUUGGGAAUCCUUAUUGCUGUGGUUGGAAUGGUACUGUAUUCUUAUUGUUGCACUCUUGAGAACCAGCAGAAGCAAAAUGAAGCACCAGCAAAAUUGCCCGAGGUCAAGGAAAGUGAAACUGAUCCUUUGCUCAACGUGGAAAAUGGAACCGGGAUAUUAGCUGAUGGUGGCGCACCAAAGGUUCCGGUUUGGAACUCAAACAAGGACUUGGAUGCAUAA